UUAUGUACUCGGUGAGAGUAGCAUGUUUGUCUCCAAGAGAUGUUUUAUUUUGAAGACAUGUGAUACCACCCUCUUGCUGAAAGCACUGGUUCCCCUAUUGAAACUUGCUAGAGGUUACAGUGGUUUUGACUCAAUUCAAAGCUUCCUUUAUUCUCAUAAGAAUUUCGGAGCUUCUCACCAAGGGUACCCACACCAGAAUUUCCAGAAAGAAAUACAGUUUCUUAAUGCAAUUUUCCCACAUGGAGCAGCAUAUUAUAUGGGACGUAUGAAUUCUGACUGUUGGUACUUGUAUACUUUAGAUUUCCCUGAGAGUAGGGUAAUCAGUCAGCCAGAUCAAACCCUGGAAAUUCUGUUGAGUGAGCUUGACCCAGCAGUUAUGGACCAGUUCUACAUGACAGAUGGUGUUACUGCAAAGGAUGUUACUCUUUCGAAUGGAAUUUGUGAACUCAUACCAGGUUCUGUCAUUGAUGCCACAAUGUUCAAUCCUUGUGGGUAUUCGGUGAAUGGCAUGAAAUUGAAUGGAACUUAUUGGGCCAUCCACAUCACUCCAGAACCAGAAUUUUCUUAUGUUAGCUAUGAAACAAACUUAAGUCAAACCUCCUGUGAUGACCUAAUCAGGAAAGUCGUGGAAGUCUUCAAGCCAGGAAAAUUUGUGACCACCUUGUUUGUAAACCAGAGCUCUAAAUGUCGCACCUAG